GUUUCAUGCCAUGCAUGCACACACUUAAAAGUUAUAUAUAUGAGUUGCAAAUGUUUGCAAAACUCAGUACACGCCUACAGGAAAAAAGGGACCACAUUGCAAAUUGGAUUUAACUUAAUUUUCAUUUAAGGAACAGAAAUCAAAAAAGAAGAAUUGGUUUUUCCUGAUUAUUGUGUUUUCUAUUUAAGAGUAUAUAUAAUUUAAUUAUUUUAAUGUAUGUUGUUUUUUUUAACUUGAUUUAGCAAUGCUAGUUGCUUUCUGUUUAGCUAGUUAUCUAUAGGUACAAGAACAGAAAAUAAAUACGUGUGAGAAUCAUACUAAAACAAAAAAUGAGCAAAAACAGCACAAACCACGGGAAAAAAGUAGAAAGAGAUAGAUGUAUAAUUUACAUGGCUAGGUUCACAACUGGAGGGGUACACCCUGUAUAUCCCCAUUUUUGAUUUUUAAAGCAAGAUGUAGCGUAUAUCAAAAAAUAAUAACAAUAAUAAAUUGUUUCACCACCUUUUUUCUAAAACCAUCAGUAAGUGACCAAAUGGAGCUAACAACGCUGUAUUUUUUUAAAGCCAUCAAAAUUAUUAUUGAGCUUGAACAAUGCCAUAUUUUCUUCUAAAACCAUAUUAAAACAAUGAAAGAGCUUAAAAAUCAUCCAAUUUUAUUUAACAAGAAACUUGUAGGAAAAAAACAAAAAAAUAAUCCUCAUUUUUGCAGAUCACUAUUAAUAUAACAUGUUUUGUUAAUUUUAUAAAUUUACCUUUUUUAGAAUAGCAUUAAAGACAUAGAUGUCUUCAAAAAAACCAAACUCACGUUUAACUGCACCAAAUGCAAAGAGGACAUCAAGUAGCAAAUCUACAACAAGAGCAAGUCCUAGCACCAAAUCAACAACAAAAAGAAGUCCCAAUAGUAGAUUAAAAGGAACUGCAAGCAGAAGAUCAAGAAAUAAAAAAGAGCCCGAACAAGUCACACAAGUGGAGACAGUAGAGAAAGAAGAGGAGGAAACUGUUUUGAAUAAAGAAGAAAUAACAGAAGAAAAACCUGACAUACAAAAUGAGGAAGUUCCACCAGUCAGUGAAAUAUCUGAGGAAGAAAAAAAUGAGAAUGAAUGCGUUGUUCUUAUUAAAGAACAAGUGCAUAUUACAGGACUUGAACCAUCUAUGUGGAAUGAGGAACAUGAAAAAGUGUUGAGGUUGUUUGUUCAAGAUAAUGACGAUAACAAUAGACUGUUGCUCUUUUUUCUGGAUCAGCAAAAAAAUCUUGUUGUUUCCAGAACGGUGCCACCCUAUUUUGUGAGUCAGUUAUUUUGCUUGACUCGCAAGAAAGAACAAAAGAUAUUAGCUGCUGAUUUCAGUAAAUGUGUCCAAUUUCAACUAAUUCGAGCCAAUUAUUGUGAAAAUUUGCUUCGUGUGAUGUCAGGAGUUUAUGGACCAAUGUUUUUUCACAAUAAGUCAUGGCCAGAAAGUAUAAAAAACGACUUUAUUGCACAUGUGCACAAGUUCAUGGCCACACUUACUGAUGCAAGGUAUAAAAUGCAAGGCAAAACUGUGUUGUAUGUUCCUAAUGAAGGUUUAGAUCUGUCUGUGGAAAAAGCAGCAAAGAGGAAAGAUUAUGUGCAGAGAUUAGAAAGUUCUAUGAUUCAUUGGACCAGGCAAAUUAAAGAAGUUCUCAACAGUCAAGAUGCUUAUGAGACUUCUGAGAAUGCAGGACCAUUAGAAGAGAUAGAGUUUUGGAGAAGUCGUUGCGAUGAUCUUUCUGGUAUAAGUGAUCAAUUAGAUAAAGCAGGAGUAAAGCAUAUACACGCAAUUUUAGAGCAUGCAAAGUCUUCCUAUGUGACACCAUUUAGAAAGUUGUCUAAACUUAUUCAGGAUGGUUUUAACCAAGCUCAAAGUAACUUGAAAUUUCUCUCUAUAUUAAAAACUCCAUGCGAAGAGCUUGUUGACAGUAAUCCUUCGCGAAUUUCUGAGUUGUUACCACAGCUGUUGAACUUAAUUCGCAUUAUUUGGGUCAAUUCUGAGUAUUACCGGUCAAGGGAACGAAUCACUGGGUUAUUAAGAAAAGUGAGCAAUGAGGUGAUUAGACAGUGCAGUACUAAAAUUUCACUUACAAACAUCUUUGAUGGCAAUGUUAAAGAUAGUGUUACUGGUUUGACUAACAGCAUUGCAUGUUGUGUAUCUUGGAAAGAAACCUACCACCAGAUAAGCAAAAUGCACCUGAGGUUUGGAGAAAAAGAAAAAUGGUUAUUAGACAAUACAAGCAUAUUUGCGCAAGUUGAUGCAUUUGUUCAACGUUGUAAGGACUUACUGGAGGUUUGCGAGGGCUUGGUUCAUUUUACUCAAAGAUCAGUCGGCUCAAAGAGGAACCAGCCAAUCUUUCCUGGUUUAAAAGGUCCUGAAAUUUCCAGAAGUUUAACAGAAGUUGAAGUAACCUUCAUGAAGAACCUUCAAAUUUUAAAAAAUGUAAAACACACAAUAUUAGAUGUAAAGGCUACAAGUUGGCAUGAUGACUACAACCGAUUUAGGUCUGGUGUAAAAGAUCUUGAAGUCAUGGUUCAGAAUAUACUAAAUUCUGCAUUUGAAACGAUCAAGACUGUGCAAGAGGGUGUUGAAGUUUUGGACAAUUUUAUUCAUUUAUCCUCAAGAGAAUCCAUUAGAAGAACAAUUGAUAAAAAGACAGUUGAAAUUUAUCAUAUUUUCUUGGAUGAACUAAACGCAGUAAAGAAAGAGUUUAAUUCUCAAAAUCCUUGCCUACCUCUCUUGCAACCUAAAUACGCAGGGUUAGCUGUGUGGGCUCGCUCAUUAAAGAAACGAAUUAGUCGACCAUUUAAUGUUUUAAAUAAAGCAACCUUUUUACCUCAAGUUGGGUUAGGAGAGGAGAUCAAACAGCAAUAUUUGCAGCUAGCUCAAGCACUUGAUGAUUAUGUUCGAAAGAUUUUCAAUGAAUGGACCACUACUGUCGAUAAAAAUACAAAUAAAUUGCUUGAUACUGCACUUAUGUGUCGUAGUGACCAACACUCUGGAAUGUUGGAUCUGCAUUUUGACAAGUCACUACUAAAAUUAUUUCAAGAAAUUAGCUACUGGGAAGGCUUAAUGUUUGAGAUUCCUCAUUAUGCUGCUGAUGUUUACUCAAAACGUGAAGAACUACGUGUGCUUCGUGAAAACGUGUUGCUUGUUGUUCGAGAUUACAACAGGAUUAUAGCUGUUUUGUCACCAGAAGAACGUGCACUGUUCAAAGAAAGAAUUCGUUUCCUUGAUAGAAAAAUUCAUCCAGGAUUAACAAAGUUAAGUUGGGCUUCUAAAGGAGUAUCAGAAUAUUAUGUCAAUGACUGUCGUGUAAAUAGUGGCAAAGUUCAACAAAUCGUCGAUGAAUACAAGCAUGCUAAUAUCAGCAUAAUGAAUAGUUGUCGUUCUAUAAGCGAGGAAAUGUUGGUGAAAAUUGACAGUAAAAAGGUUUUUGAUGACUUGGAAUUUGAUGAAGAUCAUAGAAGUCAUGCAGCUUUUAUUCAAGCUCGAUUGGAGAAAAAUCAUUCAGAUAUUGUAGAUACAAUGAGGAAAAUUUAUGAAGUUUUUAAAAAUGACAGUACUGAGAUACAAAAUAACUGGGUCCAGUAUACUGAGAAAAUUGACAAGAUGGUGGAAGAAGCCUUUCGAUUAAAUGUAAAAUGGUCACUUCAAGAGCUGUCACGUGCUAUAAAUGGCGACGGUAAAAACACACCUAACCCAUUGUUUCGUGUUAAAGUUGUUUUGGAGGCCAAUCAGGUUGAGUUUUCACCCUCCGUAAAGAAGUUAGCAAGUAUUAUAAAUACAGCUGCAAAGGAUUUGACAGAUCAUCUAGCUGUGUUUCAAAGGUUGCCAGAUAUUUUGACAAAUUAUAGAUCGAGAAAGCAGCCUAUUUACAUGGUGAUUGAAAAUGAUGAAGAAACCAAAAAAAUUCAGCUGAGUAUUAGUACAGGUGUUUCACAGAAUGCAAGCCAACUGAUAAAAUACUUAACUACUUGGGAUAGCUAUCGUGAAAUUUGGGAACUUGAUAAAGAAGCUUUUAUACGAAGAUAUCAAAGAUUAAAUCCUCCUGUAGCUUCAUUUGAUGCAGACAUUGCUCGAUACACAGAAGUUGCCAACAAUGUUCAAAAAGAAGAAACCAUUGUAAACAUCCAGUUUGUUUUGCUUGAUUCAUCACCACUUAAAUUUUCAAUUUUAAGUCAUUGUAAUGAAUGGCAGACUGGCUUUACAAAAGUUUUAAAAGAAAUGGCUACAUCCAAACUUUCUGAAUUACAUACAUUUAUGGAGAGGAACUCUAAGUUGUUACGAACUCCUCCAGAGAAUCUAGAACAUCUUAGUAGCAGUAUUAGUCUGUUGGAAAAUUUACAAGGCGAUCUAACAACCACUGAGGCCAAAAUACCACCUCUUCAUGAACAGUUUGUUAUACUUGAAAAAUAUGAAGUUGAAAUAUCCGAAGAGGUUCAGGAACAGCUGCAAACGUUAGGGCCAUCUUGGAUUGCAUUUCAACAGUGUUUGAUUGAUGCAGAUUCCAUGCUAAAGAAAAGUAAAGAGAAGUUUAGAUCUGGUCUUCUUGCAUCUGCUGAAGAUUUUAAAAAGUCUGUAAAUAACUUAGAAGAUGAGUUUGCUUUGCGUGGACCUGUCAAUGCUAAAACAUUUGUUAAUGAAGCAUUAGCAGCAACAAAAGCAUUCUCUCAGGAAGUAGAAACACUAAAAGCACAAGAAGCAACAAUUAGGAAAGGUCUAAAUAUUUUCAAGAUUGAACAACAACAAUCCAAAGCUUUGCAAAGUGUUGAGAAAGAAAUCAAUUUAUUAGAACAGAUUUGGAUGCUGACAUUGGAAUGGGAGGGGCUUUGGAUGGAAUGGAAAUGUGGAAAAUUUUCUUCGUUAGUCACAACAGAAAUGGAAAACACAUCUCAGAUAUUAUUAAAACGCUGUCACAAGAUAAAUAGAGAAGUAAAAGGCAAAAAUUGGGAAAUAAGUGAGACAAUAAAGUCACGUAUUGACCAGUUUAAACGAACCAUGCCACUAAUUCAAGAUUUGAAGAAUAGUGCAAUGCGAGAACGUCACUGGACACAAAUAAAAUCUGAAAUUCAAAAGUCAUUUGAUCAUGCAAGUGACAGCUUUACAUUAGAGCAAAUCAUUAACUUAGGUCUUGAUCAGUAUGCUGAACAAAUUAGUGCGAUAUCAGGUGCUGCUAGCAAGGAAUUAUCUAUUGAGCAAGUGUUGAAAGAUAUUGUAACUGUAUGGGAUUCUUUAGCACUGGAUAUAACUCCAUACAAAGAUAGGGGUCAUUUUAGAUUACGAAGCACAGAUGAAGUCUUUCAAACGCUUGAAGAUAAUCAAGUUACUCUGUCCACUAUGAAAGGAUCUCGGUAUGUGAAGCCAUUUGAGAAGGAUGUUGACAAAUGGGAACGAACAUUGUCGCUAAUUAUUGAAGUAGUAGAAAUGAUUUUAACUGUUCAAAGACAGUGGAUGUAUUUGGAGAACAUUUUUCUUGGUGAAGAUAUCCGAAAGCAGCUACCACGUGAAUCAGCAGAAUUCGAUGAUGUAAACAACAACUGGAAGAUUAUUAUGAAGCGGUUAAACAAGGACAGUAAUGCAUUACGGGGUAGCCAGUAUCCAGGAAUGUUGGAAACUCUAAAUAAAAUGAAUGUAAACCUGGAAGAGAUUCAAAAAUCACUGGACAUGUACUUAGAAACAAAAAGGCAGAUCUUUCCAAGAUUUUACUUUCUAUCCAAUGAUGAUUUACUGGAAAUUUUAGGACAAUCAAAAAAUCCUGAAGCAGUUCAACCUCACCUGAAGAAAUGUUUUGAUAACAUAAAGUCUUUAAAACUAUCCAAGAUGAACUUGACACAGAAAGUAGAAGCAAUUGGGAUGUAUGCAACUGAUGGCGAAUAUGUUGAGUUUGCUCACUCUGUACUGUUGGAUGGACCUGUGGAAGCAUGGCUAUGUGAUGUCGAAAGAAGCAUGAGGUGGACUUUAAAAGAAUUGUUAAAACUUACCCGAGCUGCGUUAAAAAAAGUUGGAACGAAACGUGAAAAGUGGGUGAAAGAUUGGGCAGGACAACUACUUAUUACUGCUAGCCAAAUCCAAUGGACAUCUGACUGCACAAAAGCCUUGUCAAUAACAAAAGACAAACAGGACAAGAAACCACUUAAAACAUUACGAAAGAAACAAAUAUCUAUGUUAAGUAAAUUUUCUGAAACCAUCCGUGGUAACCUAACAAAAAUUCAAAGAUUAAAGCUUGUUGCUCUGGUAACUAUAGAAGUACAUGCACGUGACGUGAUUGAAAAAAUGGUGAAAUCUGGGUGCUCUGAUGUAAAUGCUUUUGAUUGGUUGAUGCAGCUGCGUUUAUAUUGGGAUAAGGACGUUGAUGAUUGUGUUGUACGUCAAACAAAUACACAAUUUCAGUAUGGUUAUGAAUAUUUGGGGAAUUCGGGUCGUUUAGUCAUCACACCUCUCACUGACAGGUGUUACAUGACACUGACUACUGCACUCCAUCUCCAUCGUGGUGGCAGUCCUAAGGGGCCAGCUGGUACAGGAAAAACUGAGACAGUUAAAGAUCUGGGCAAAGCUCUUGGUGCUUAUGUUAUUGUUGUAAAUUGUUCAGAAGGUUUAGAUUUCAAAUCCAUGGGAAGAAUGUACAGUGGUUUAGCACAGACUGGUGCAUGGGGUUGUUUUGAUGAAUUCAAUCGAAUCAACAUAGAGGUAUUAUCAGUUGUUGCUCAGCAGAUUUUAUCCAUAUUAACAGCAUUAUCAGUGGGAAGUGAAAGAUUUGUGUUUGAAGGACGGGAAAUCAAUUUGGUAUGGUCUUGUGGAAUUUUUAUUACCAUGAAUCCAGGCUAUGCUGGUCGAACUGAACUUCCUGAUAACUUGAAAAGUAUGUUCCGACCAAUAUCAAUGGUCGUUCCAGAUUCUGCUAUGAUAGCUGAAAUCAUCUUAUUUGCAGAAGGAUUUAACAACACGAAAAUUCUAGCAAAAAAGGUGCAUACGUUGUACUCAUUAGCAGUUCAACAACUUUCAAAACAAGACCACUAUGACUUUGGGUUGCGAGGUUUAACUUCAUUGUUACGAUACGCUGGUAAAAAGAAAAGGUCAAAUCCCACCUUUUCUGAUGAGGAGGUGCUAUUGUUGUCUAUGAAGGAUAUGAACGUUGCAAAAUUGACAUCUCAAGAUUUGCUACUUUUUAAUGGUAUUAUGUCUGACCUUUUUCCUGGAGUCGAUACACCUAUUAACGAUUAUGGAAAGUUAACAAAGGUGAUUGAAAACGAGUUAAAAGAAAAUGGUUAUCAGUGUCAUCCAGUUACUAUUCAAAAAAUUAUCCAGUUGUACGAAACAAAAAAUUCCAGACAUUCUACCAUGAUUGUUGGUAAGACUGGGGCAGGCAAAAGUGUUGCGUGGAAGACAUUACAAGCAACAUUAUCAACAAUGAAGAAAAAUGAAGAACCAGGUUUUAAUACAGUCAAAGAGUUUCCAAUUAAUCCGAAGUCUAUCUCUUUGGGAGAAUUGUAUGGAGAGUUUGAUUUGUCAACCAAUGAAUGGUCAGAUGGAGUUUUGUCAUCAGUAAUGAGGCUCACUUGUUCUGAUGAAAAACCUGAAGAGAAAUGGAUUGUAUUUGAUGGACCUGUUGACACAUUGUGGAUUGAAUCAAUGAACUCUGUUAUGGAUGAUAAUAAAAUUUUGACUUUGAUUAAUGGAGAACGUAUCUCCAUGCCUGAACAGGUGUCCUUGCUAUUCGAAUGUGAAAAUCUUUCUGUGGCGUCACCAGCAACAGUCAGUCGAUGUGGUAUGGUGUACACUGAUUAUGAUGAUAUUGGUUGGAGACCUUUUGUGAAUUCCUGGUUGGAAAAGAGAAAAGACAAGGCCUCAGAAGAACAUUUGUUGCGAAUGUUUGAUAAGUAUGUACAAAAGGUUUUGGACUUCAAAAGAAUGAAUUGCACCGAACUCGUCACUACAUCAGAAUUAAAUUGCAUCGAAUCAUUAUGUGUUCUUUUGAAUGCAUUGCUAACAAACGAGAAUGGAGUGAUCAGUUCAGAUGAGGAUAAUUUUGCAAAAAUGAUUGAGUACUGGUUUUUGUUUUGUCUUAUUUGGUCAGUGUGUGCCUCUGUUGAUGAAGAAAGUAGAAAAAAACUUGACAAUUGUCUUCGAGAGUUAGAAGGUCAAUUUCCAGCUAAGGACACGAUAUACGAGUAUUAUGUUGAUGUAAAACAGAAGUCCUGGUCUUCAUGGGAAGAUAAAUUGCGAAGUGGUUGGCGAUAUUCACCAUCAAUACCAUUUUAUAAGAUCAUGGUCCCAACAGUUGAUUCUGUCAGAUAUAAUUUCUUACUGGACGUGUUAAUAAAUGCGAAGCGUCCUGUACUGUUAACUGGUCCUGUUGGUACUGGCAAAACAUCUGUUGCUCAGAAAGUUCUAGAAAAUUUAGAUCCAAAGAUAUGGGGUGUAUUGACAAUAAAUAUGUCAGCCCAGACCUCUUCAAACAAUGUUCAGGAAAUCAUAGAAAGCAAAGUGGAGAAGAGAACAAAAGGAGUGUAUGUACCAGCUGGUGGAAAACAAAUGAUAACAUUUAUGGAUGAUUUAAACAUGCCAUCUAAAGAUGAAUUUGGUUCCCAGCCUCCUCUGGAAUUGAUAAGACAGUGGAUUGAUUAUGGGUUUUGGUAUGACAGGCAAAAACAAACUAGCAAAUAUGUGAAAGAUAUGUUGUUAGUUGCAUCCAUGGGACCACCAGGUGGAGGAAGAAAUGUUAUUUCCGAACGUUUGCAAAGUCGUUUUAAUCUCGUCAAUAUGACAUUUCCACAGGAAAGUCAAAUUAAAAGAAUCUUUGGAACAAUGAUCAGUCAGAAAUUACAAGAAUUCGAAGAAGAAGUAAAAGCGACUGGAGAUAUCAUUACACAGGCAACAAUUGACAUAUACAACUCCAUUGUACAAACAAUGUUACCCACUCCAACAAAAAUUCAUUAUCUUUUUAACCUUCGUGAUAUAUCCAAGGUGUUCCAAGGUCUUCUUCGUAGCAACAAAGAUUACCAUGAUACGAAAAACAGUAUGGCGAGAUUGUGGGUACAUGAAUGCUUUAGAGUUUUUGCUGAUCGAUUGGUGAAUGAUGAGGACAGAGAAUCGUUUGUGACAUUGUUGAGUGACAAACUUGGAACAAUGUUAGACUUUUCGUAUCAUAAUCUGUGUCCCAAUAAAGUGCCGCCGAUAUUUGGUGACUUUAUGAAAGAAAAUGGCGUAUACGAAGAUAUCACUGAUUUUAAACAGUUAAAGAUUUUUAUGGAAGAACGUUUGGAAGAUUACAAUAUGGAACCUGGAGUGAUUUCAAUGGAUUUAGUUUUGUUUAGAGAUGCUAUAGAACAUGUGUCAAGAAUUAUUCGUGUGAUUGGCCAACCGCGUGGAAACAUGUUGCUUAUUGGUAUUGGGGGCAGUGGUCGUCAAAGUUUAGCAAGGCUUGCUUCAUAUGUUUUGGAAUACAAAGUGUUUAUGAUUGAAGUUACUAAACAUUACAGAAGAAUAGAAUUUCAUGAAGAUCUUCGAAGGUUGUAUUACCAAACAGGUGUGGAAAAUAAACCAACGGUAUUUAUUUUUACUGAUACACAAGUGUUGCAAGAAGCAUUUCUUGAGGAUAUCAACAACAUAUUAAGUAGUGGUGAAGUUCCAAACUUGUAUAAACCUGAGGAAUUCGAAGAGGUACGCGCUGCUCUCAGUGAUGAUGCUCGUAAAGAUGGCAUCAUUGAAACACCUGAAAAUAUGUUCAAGUAUUUUAUUGAUCGUGUGCGUGCAAACUUGCAUGUUACUUUGUGCAUGAGUCCUGUCGGUGAUCCAUUCAGAAACCGUAUAAGACAAUAUCCUGCGUUUGUGAAUUGCACAACGAUUGAUUGGUUUAGUGAAUGGCCUCGUGAUGCCUUGCUGGAAGUGGCGGAACGUUACCUUGACGAGAUGAAUCUUGGUGGAGAUGAGGUGAAAUCAAAGGUGUCAAAAGUGUUUGCAACCAUACAUCAAUCUGUGAGCGAUAUUUCUAAAAAAAUGUUAUUUGAAAUGAAACGACAUAAUUAUGUUACACCCACCAACUACCUGGAACUUGUAACUGGAUACAAAAGCUUGAUGAAUGAAAAACACAAAGAACUGGGCGAUGCAGCCAACAAGUUAAAAAAUGGUCUAGAAAAAAUCGAUGACACGAAACAAAAGGUGGAAGUGAUGUCUGUCGAGUUAGAAGAAGCCAAAGUACAGGUAGCACAGUUCCAAAAGCAAUGUGAAGAAUUUCUCGUGGUGAUCGUCCAACAAAAGCGUGAAGCGGAUGAGCAACAAAAGUCCGUUGCUACACGCAGUGAGAAAAUCCAAGAGGAAGAGGUAAAGUGUCGUUCCAUCGCAGAAACAGCACAACUAGAGCUAGACGAAGCGUUACCAGCCUUACAAGAAGCUAUCAAGGCUUUAGAAUCUUUAAAUAAGAAAGAUAUGACAGAAAUUAAAUCUUAUGCGAAACCGCCACCACUUGUUGAAAGAGUCAUGGAAGCCGUUAUGAUACUGAGGGGUCAUGAACCCACGUGGGCAGAAGCAAAGCGACAACUAGGUGAAUCAAACUUUAUUCAAAAACUUGUCAACUACGAUAAAGAGAACAUGAGUGAUCGUGUAUUGAAAAAGAUAGGAAGCUACUGCGCUCAACCUGAUUUUCAACCUGACAUAGUCGGUCGUGUGUCUGCUGCGGCUAAGUCUUUGUGCAUGUGGGUACGAGCUAUGGAAGUGUACGGUCGCAUAUAUCGUGUUGUUGAACCAAAGAAGAUCAGACUUGCCAAUGCUACAGCACAACUGGAGGAAAAGCAACAGUCUCUCUCAGAAGCGAAAGCGAAGUUGAAAGAAGUUACAGACAAAAUUGAAGCGUUAAAGAAGAAUUACGACGAAAAGUUAGCGCAAAAAGAAGAGCUUGGUAAUAAGGCUAGACAGCUUGAGUUGAAGUUAGAACGGGCUGGCAAGCUUGUGUCUGGAUUAGGAGGUGAAAGAGAAAGAUGGGAAGCUAGUGUGGCGGUUUUUGAAGAAAAUAUUGGCUAUCUUGUCGGCGAUUGUUUGAUUGCGUCAGCCUUCCUAUCGUACGUGGGACCAUUUUUAUCGAGUUAUCGUGACAGCUUGGUCCAAAGCACAUGGUUGGUUGAAGUGCGAAAGUUAAAAGUGUCUUGUAAUCCCGAGUUCUCGUUUGCUAACUUCAUGGCAAGACCAACACAUGUGCGUGAAUGGAAUAUUCAAGGUUUACCUUCGGAUUCGUUUUCGACGGAGAAUGGUUGCAUUGUCCAGCGUGGAAAUAGAUGGCCGCUGAUGAUCGAUCCUCAAGGACAAGCUCUGAAAUGGAUAAAGAACAUGGAAGGAAAGCGAGGGCUGAAAGUUAUUGACUUGCAACAAACUGAUUAUUUGAGAACGCUCGAGAAUGCUAUUCAAUUUGGAUCGCCAGUGUUGUUGCAAAAUGUGUUUGAAGAGCUUGACCCUUCUCUUGCGCCUGUACUAAACAAAUCUAUCGUUAAACAGGGUGGGAGACUGUUAAUGAAGUUGGGUGAUAAAGAAGUAGAGUAUAAUCCUGACUUCAAGUUUUACAUUUGCACAAAACUAAGUAAUCCACAUUAUACACCUGAAAUUUCAACCAAAACAACUAUAGUCAAUUUUGCUGUCAAAGAGCAAGGUCUUGAGGCACAAUUACUUGGGAUUGUUGUAAGGAAGGAGCGACCUGAGUUGGAAGAACAGAAGGAUUCUCUAGUAAUUAACAUAGCUUCUGGAAAAAAGAAACUGGAAGAGUUGGAAGACGAAAUUUUACGACUUUUAAGCACUGCACAAGGGUCGUUACUUGACGAUGAGCAGCUAGUCAACACACUCCACACUUCUAAAAUCACGUCAUCUGAGGUCUCUGAACAGUUGCAAACCAGUGAACAGACAGAAAUCAAGAUCGACACUGCUCGCGAGGGUUACAGAGCAUGCGCACAGCGUGCCUCGAUUCUUUUCUUUGUUCUAAACGACUUAGGUCGUAUCGAUCCGAUGUACCAAUUUUCACUGGAUGCGUAUAUUGAACUGUUUAAUAACUCGAUUGAAAAGAGUAAACGAAGUCAAAAACUUGAAGAGAGGAUACAGAACUUGAAUGAGUUUCACACAUAUGCUGUGUAUAGGUAUACCUGCCGUGGUUUGUUUGAAAAACACAAGUUGCUUUUUUCAUUUCAAAUGUGUGCCAAAAUACUUGAAGCUUCAGGUAAAGUCAACAUGGACGAAUACAAUUUCUUUCUUCGUGGUGGCGUUGUGCUUGAUCGAGAAGAACAAAUGGAUAAUCCAUGCUCGACUUGGUUGUCUGAUGGAGCUUGGGAUAACAUAACGGAGUUGGAUAAGUUACCAAAUUUUCAUGGGAUGAUUGCGUCGUUCGAACAAUAUCCACGUGACUGGAAUAUUUGGUUUACUUCUGCUGAACCCGAAAACGCAUCUUUACCAAGUGAAUGGGAGAAUGCGUGCAACGAGCUUCAACGUAUGCUUAUCGUGAGAUCGUUACGACCAGAUCGUGUAUCAUUUUGCGCAUCAUCUUUCAUUGUGAAUAAUUUAGGAUCAAAAUUUGUUGAGCCACCUGUCUUGGACAUGCGCGCAGUACUUGAAGACUCCACCACACGCACCCCUCUUAUCUUUGUGUUGUCGCCAGGCGUGGAUCCUACCAGUGCUUUGUUGCAGUUGGCUGAAUCAUGCGGCAUGAACAACAGGUUUCAUGCUUUGUCACUGGGUCAAGGUCAAGCCCCAAUUGCAACAAGAAUGAUCAAGGAGGGGGUACGAGAAGGAAAUUGGGUGUUCUUAGCAAAUUGUCAUCUAUCUUUGAGUUGGAUGCCACAGUUGGACAAACUGGUGGAACAACUUCAAGUUGAAAAGCCACACCCUGACUUUCGUAUUUGGUUGAGUAGCAGUCCGCAUCCAGAGUUUCCCAUCUCUAUUUUACAAGCUGGUAUAAAGAUGACCACCGAACCACCAAAGGGUUUGAAAGCCAACAUGAAGCGACUCUACCAACUGGUGACUGAACAACAAUUUGCUCGAUGUCAACAACAAGAGAAAUAUCGAAAACUUUUAUUUUCGUUGUGUUUCUUUCACAGUGUGCUACUUGAACGAAAGAAAUUUUUACAACUUGGUUGGAAUAUACCGUAUGGAUUCAAUGACUCUGAUUUCGAAGUAUCAGAAAACCUGCUCAGUAUCUACUUAGACGAGUAUGAAGACACACCGUGGGAUGCGCUGAAAUAUUUGAUUGCCGGUGUUAAUUAUGGUGGACAUGUGACGGAUGACUGGGAUCGUCGCUUAUUAAUGACGUACGUCAGUGACGCCUUUUGCGACGGUGUUCUGACCGUACCAUUUUACAAAUUUUCAUCCAACGUUUACUUUUACAUUCCGAAAGACGGACCUAUUAACACUUAUCGUGAGUUUAUAAGCAUGUUACCAAACGUCGACAAACCGGACACAUUUGGACAGAAUCCAAACGCUGACAUAGCAAGUCAAAUCCGCGAAACGAGGAAUCUUUUCGAAACCUUACUUUCUCUGCAACCACAAGUAUCCACAGGCGGUCAGGGUGAAAGACCAGAAGAUAAAGUCUUGGAACUUGCAGCAGAUGUGCUAAAGAAAGUCCCGGACGUAAUUGAUUAUGAUCAAACAGCGAAGAUAUUGAGCGACGAUCCUUCUCCACUGAAUGUCGUUUUGCUACAAGAAAUUACUCGCUACAACUCGUUACUGCACACGAUCAAAUCUUCGUUAACUGAACUACAGAAAGGAAUUAAAGGGUUGGUUGUCAUGUCAACCGAUCUUGAAGAAACAUUUAAUUGUAUAUUCGAUGGAAGAGUUCCGCCAUUAUGGGUGAAGGCGUAUCCUUCAUUAAAACCUUUAGCAUCCUGGACACGUGACUUGGUCUUACGUGUUGAACAGUUUAGUAAGUGGGCCACUACUGCGCAUCCGCCCAUUAUAUUUUGGAUGAGUGGUUUCACUUUCCCGACUGGAUUUUUGACGGCAGUGCUUCAAACGUGUGCCAGACAAAACAAUAUCUCGGUGGACAGUUUAUCAUGGGAGUUUGUUGUUUCAACAGUUGAUGAUUAUAACAUCACACAACAACCAAAGGAUGGAGUUUGGAUAAAAGGAUUAUUCUUGGAAGGCGCUGGAUGGGACAAGCGCAAUGCUUCUUUGAUCGAAGCAGAACCAAUGCAGUUAGUUUGUCCGUUGCCCACAAUUCAUUUCAAGCCUGUUGAAAACAAGAAAAAAACAGGAAAAGGUAUGUACGCGUGUCCAUGUUACUACUAUUCCAAUCGCGCUGGUGCUUCUGGACGACCGUCUUUCAUUGUUGCAGUGGACUUAAAAUCUGGGUCAGUCACUGCCGAUCAUUGGGUUAAGCGAGGCACGGCGUUAUUGAUGAGUUUGGAUGAUUAAGUUUUACUGUUUUACGGUUUAAUAGACCUCUUAUGGAUUGUAGAUAGUUAUUAAAAGGUUGUUGUUAUAUUUUUAAAAAAGUCAAACUAGAUGUGUACAUAGUUUAAAGAUUUAUAUACCUAAUUUAUUUUCACGAUAGUUAAUAUAUUUUUUCGUUAACAUAUUUUUUCGUAUUUUCAGACCUUUUUAAACCCGAAUUUCUAUUUAAAAUUAUGGUGUGACCAUCAUGAGAUAUAUACUUCGUAUUUUUAAAAUUUUUGGGUAGUGGAUGUGAUAAGCAAAUAAAAAAAAUCGUCGUACAAAGGAACAUUAACAUUUUUGAAAUUUCAAUACAAAAGAUUAUUUCUCUAUGUAUUAUUCAUUAUUCUAAAUGUAUAUAAUAUAGAGUUCUGUCUUUC